AGCCCCAACCGGCAGCCACGAAGAACUGCUCUCCUCUGAUGCAGUUCCACAGGCUGCAGUCCACGUAAGUGCUGCAUUCUUUGCAAUCCUGCGAGCACCUGCUCUUAAAACUAUUCUCAGUCAGUCAGUCGGUGUAUUUGAGGGAAAUAGGCUUACGCCUUUGAACUCCCUAUUUGCACAUAAAAAAUCGAUAAAUGAGCAAAAAUGUGAAGAAAUUACAGCAUUAAGUGAAUGCAAACAUUGAUUCACAUAUGACACUGGUCUCAUGGCUAAAAAGUCACAUAGUCCGCUUGUUGCUGCAACAUAUAUCUGUCAAGCCGACACUUGAAUGUCUCCACAGAUUGAGACAUGACAAUCGUCUCGGGCAGGUUAUUCCACGGUUCCACAACAGGGUUGGAGAAGAAAUAUUUUCUCACAUUCAGUCAACCUUGGGGCACACGUAGCUUGAAGGGAUGUCCCCGGAGGCUAGUUGUAGUAGCAAGUUGGAAAAAGUCAUCGCACCGAAGGGCGCAGUCCAAGCCACGCACGAUACGGAAAGUUUGUAUCAAGUCUCCGCGCAGCUGCCUAUAACUCAGAGGAUAGAGAUUAAGGUUAUUAAAUCGGAUCUCGAAUGGCAGCGCACUUUGACCUCUUAUUAGUUUUGUUGCUCGCCUCUGCACCCUUUCGAGCAGAUUGUAAUCCUAAUGCGGCCUUACAAACGUGCCGAAGAUUUUGGAGUAACAGUAUUCAUCGAAAACUUCAGAGGAGAUCACCCUUGUUAACUGGCAAACAGCAUCACCCAUCAAAGCAGUUGGACAUGUUUCAGUCACAAAACUGUCUACUCAAAAGGGAUGAUCUACUUGUUGCUGUGUGUGCGGAGAGGGAACUACAAAUGAAGUUCAUAGCAAAGAGCAUGCAAGACAGCCACUAAUUUUGACUAGGUGUAUUCACUAGAGGAGUUUCCAGCCGACGAUAAGGUCUCAUUGCGCCGGGAUCUUAAAUUCUCUUCAUACAAUGUUUGUAUUUAUAAGCGUGUUAGGUCUUGUGAACUUCUACUGGCACGAGUUAAAUGUGUGGCACUACUUCUCAACUUUGAUGGCGCUAAGUCUGUAAACCACAUUAUGCCGAGCCCAACGUUUUGACCCAGUGACCUAUUAACCAGUCCCUUUCUACUCACCCUGAGAUGCUCAUUCAGACGUCUAAUUUCUGAUGUUGUUAUUUUCUUUUAGGAGACUAUUGAGUCCUAG